UAGGUUUACAGCAGAACAACAUCUUGAUGAGUAACCUUUAACUGAAGUUACAGCAUUGGGAUUUUACUCGAGUUGUCCGCUUUUGGAAUUAACAGUGAAACAAUUAGAAUUAAACCCAACCAAGCACACCCAAUUAGAAUUCUUUAGUAAACAAAUAACUAUGUGGGUAGUGAGUGAGUGAGUAAGUGAGUGAGAUUGGAAGUACCCAAUGAAGUCAGGAAUGAGGAUCGGAAUUGGGAUUCUGGUGGCGAAGGUCUUCGAUUAAGCUUCCGAGCAGAUUCUCUUCCAAACCUGAAGCCGUACCUGAUUCACAAAAUUACCAGCGGGAAUGGAAUUCCGGGAAGUGAGAGAGCAAGUAAGUAAUUACCAGCCGGAAACAGCAGAAAGCUUUCUCCAUUUUCAUGAAUAAACUUGAGGGAGAGGAGAGAAUUGGGCUAGACUUGAGGGCCCAGCCCCAAGUACUACGUCAUGUUUUUUUUUAAUAUCACAAAAUUCAGAAAGAAGAGAAGCACAGAAUGAUUGUACAAAACUAUGUUGUAUUCCAACUGCAUGAUAUAAGUGGUGUUGGGUCAUCUUCAGUCAAAACUGAGACUGAGACUAAAGAAAAUCAAUGAAGAAAAAACCAAUUUCCAAGUUAUGCCGAUCAAGUCAGUCAAUGAAGCAACUCCAUUGCUGUUUCCACGAUUAUACAUGUGUAGUUUCCAAAAUCCUUUUGCUUCAACUAUAUAUUACUUCACUUUGGUUUGGUUGCAUAUCAUCUUCAUAAUCAUGUUUUUCAGUAUAAUGAGUGGUAGGUCUAUGCAUUCUGUUUUGGUUGGGCUUGUGUGCCUGGCCACUGCCUCUGCUGUUUGUUGUUCAAGUGUUGGAAGCUCCAACAACAUCAUGUGCUUGGAGAGUGAAAGGCAUGCUCUUCUCCAGUUCAAACAAGGCCUUGUGGAUGACUCCAAUGCUCUUGCCUCUUGGAAAAGUGAGAAAGACUGCUGCAAGUGGAGAGGAAUAGAAUGCAACAACCAAACAGGUCAUGUUACCAGUCUUGAUUUCUCCUUUAAUUAUGAUCCAUAUCUCUAUUCUGCUGAAGUUCCUUUAAGUGGUGAAAUUAGUCCUUCACUACUUGAAUUGCGAUAUAUAAAUUACUUGGACCUCAGUUAUAUUGAUUUUGGAGAAAUUCUGAUUCCCAAGUUCAUUGGCUCUUUGAGUCAAUUGAAAAAACUCAAACUUACAUAUGCUAAUUUCAGUGGACCUGUUCCUCCUCAACUUGGAAACCUCUCUAAUUUGCACACUCUUGAUCUUUCCUCCAAUGAUUUUGAAGGAAUGAUGAUUCCCAAAUUCAUUGGCUCUAUGAGUCAAUUGAAAGAGCUCAAACUUGCAUAUGCUAAUUUCAAUGGACCUAUUCCUCCCCAACUUGGAAAUCUCUCUAAUUUGCACACUCUUGAUCUUUCCUUCAAUGAUUUUGAAGGAAUGAUGAUUCCCAAAUUCAUUGGCUCUCUGAGUCAAUUGAAAGAACUCAAACUUGCAUAUGCUAAUUUCAAUGGACCUAUUCCUCCCCAACUUGGAAACCUCUCUAAUUUGCACACUCUUGAUCUUUCCUCCAAUGAUUUUGAAGGAAUGAUGAUUCCCAAAUUCAUUGGCUCUAUGAGUCAAUUGAAAGAGCUCAAACUUGCAUAUGCUAAUUUCAGUGGACCUGUUCCUCCCCAACUUGGAAACCUCUCUAAUUUGCACACUCUUGAUCUUUACCGUAACCAAGUUGUUAGUCCUGAAAAUCUUGAGUGGUUGUCUCAUCUUUCUUCCUUGAGAUACCUGAACAUGUCAAGUGUAGAUUUGUCAAAGGUUGUGAAUUGGCCACCAUCUUUAAGCAAGCUCACUUUACUGACAGAGCUUCAAUUAUCCCUGUGUAACCUUCCUAAUGUCAAUCUAAGAUCACUUUCCUUUAUUAAUUCUUCCACCUCUCUUCAACUCCUUGACCUCUCUUAUAACUCUCUUAAUUCUUCAAUAUUGUAUUGGAUAGCCAAUGUCAGCAGCAACUUUGUCCAUAUUGAUCUCUCUUUCAAUAAACUUGAAGGUGGGAUACCAAAAGGCUUUCAAAACUUAUGUAGCUUAGAGUCGUUGACCUUAUGGCACAACCAAUUGUCUGAAAACUUUGAGGACUCUGUUAAAACCUUGUCUUGUGCUCAGAACACACUUGAGACCUUGUUCUUGGCAGAAAACUUGUUUUGGGGGUCGUUGCCAGAUUUGUCACAUUUUUCAAAGUUACGAGUGUUAUAUCUUUUCUCUAAUCAACUAAAUGGGUCUGUAUCUGAGAGUGUCGGGCAACUCUCUAGCCUUAAAUGGCUAGAUCUCUCCGGCAAUUCUUUGACUGGUGUCAUAACAGAAUCCCACUUUCUAAACCUCUCUCGUUUACAGUAUUUGAGUCUUUCUGGUAAUCGUUUCUCUAUCAACCCGAGCUCUGAUUGGAGUCCACCAUUUCAACUUACUGGUUGGUUAGAUAUGUCCUCUUGCAAGGUGGGCCCAGCUUUUCCCAAGUGGAUUCUAACGCAGACAAAUCUUACUCAGCUUUAUGUCUCUAAUGCUGGACUAUCAGGAAAACUGCCGAAUCUGUCAUCGACAAGCUUGCGUUAUGUUAACUUGUCUUCUAAUCUAUUUUCUGGUGCAUUGCCAUCAUUUUCUCCUAUGCUACAACACCUGUAUCUCUCGAAUAAUAGGUUUUCAGGACCUUUGUCUUCCUUCUGUGCAACGCAGGCUUCACAUUUAAGUUAUCUUGACAUUUCUAAGAACCUAUUGUCUGGGGAGCUUCCUAAUUGUUGGAUGCAAUUUCAAAAUUUGAUUUCGUUGAAUUUGGGAAAGAAUAAAUUAUCUGGAAAAAUACCAAGCUCGUUAGGCAGUCUACAGGGAAUUGGGAUAUUGCGGUUACAUGAUAACAACUUUUCAGGAGAAUUGCCUUCUUUAGAGAACUCUACCCAAUUAUUGAUGGUUGAUCUUGGCAACAAUAACCUAUCGGGAAAGAUACCAAUAUGGAUUGGCCAAAGCCUACCAAACUUGGUGAUUCUACGCUUACGGUCAAAUGAGUUUAAUGGAAUCAUACCCUUCUCCCUGUGUAGUCUAGCUGCCAUUCAUGUUUUGGACCUCUCUCACAACAAUAUUUCAGGAAGCUUGCCGCAUUGCUUCGAUAACAUAACCGCUUUGGCUGAUGAUAGAUAUCACGGUUUUAUUGUGGAAAUUGUGUGGAAAGGAAUAGAAAGAGAGUUUCCCAAUCUUAUAGGUAUGAGAAGCAUUGACAUUUCAAGCAACUAUUUGAUUGGGGAAAUUCCGCCAAGUACAGCAAGUAUGACAGAGUUGAAAUCUCUGAACCUGUCUAGAAACAAAUUGACUGGAAAGCUUCCUGAAGACUUUGGUAACAUGAAGAUGUUGGAAUCUCUUGAUUUGUCAAGAAACCGGAUAUCUGGUAAAAUUCCUACAAGUUUUGCGAGCUUAAACUUUCUUAGUGUCUUGGACUUAUCACACAAUAACUUGUCAGGAAGAAUUCCAUCAGGCACCCAACUUCAAGGUUUUAAUGCUUCUCAAUAUAUGGGAAAUCGUGGACUUUGUGGACCACCGCUGACACAAAGUUGUCCAGGAGAAGGAACUGAAAUUGAUAACAAAGAACAUGAUAAUGAUGAUCUCAUAAGCCUGGGAUUUUUUAUCAGUGUUGUGCUGGGAUUCUUCACUGGAUUUUGGAUGGUCUGCGGCAGUUUACUGCUUAAGACUUCUUGGAGAUAUGCUUAUUUCAGAUUCCUGGACAAUGCAAAAGACUGGAUUUAUGUCAAAACCGCUGUGUACAAGGCAAAAGUGCAAAGGAGACUUCAAAGAUAAAUGGAGAUUCUGGCAUUCGAGGAAAUGAGCCUAAUGAUCCCGGAAGUGGAAAGAUUUAAGGCUUAAUGUUGAAGGUUUUCAGAUGUCGUUGCUUUCUCUUUCAACAAGAAAUAAUUAUUAUGCUUUUAUCUCUUGAGAAAUGUGUGUGAAUAAUGGAUUGUAUGUAGUAUGAGCUGGUAUCACUUUUAUUCC